GCUCUCUCACACAAAGAUGUCUUGCUACGACCUGUGCCCACCGAAAAGCGGCGUCGCCGUCCCCCAGCCCAUCGCUGAGAGCUGCAACGAGCUGUGCGCCCGGCAGUGCCCCGACUCGUCGGCCUUCAUCCAGCCGCCCCCCGUCGUCGUCACCUUCCCCGGCCCCAUCCUCAGCUCCUUCCCCCAGCAAGCCGUGGUGGGCUCGUCCGGAGCCCCCGCCUUUGGGGGCAACCUGGGGCUGGGGGGCCUCUAUGGCGCCGGGGCCACGCUGGGCUCAGGGGGCCUCUGCACCUUUGGCAGACCCUACGCUUCUCCUGCCUGCAGCCCUUGUGCCCUGCCCCGCUACAGCAGGAAGCUCUGGGACACCUGUGGGCCCUGCUAGACCCAGCCCAGCCCCAGGCACUGGCCCCAGCCCAAUC